AUGACUAUUUCUGGGAAGAGUUUUGGAGGUAUUGACAGAUGUAGAAUGUGUGGGAAAUAUCACGUCGAGCUGUGUAGGGAGCUUGUACGAUGUUUUCAUUGUGGUCAACCGGGUCACAUUAGGAGUGAUUGCCCACAGUUUGGACGAACUACUGUAACUGCUCUAUCUCCACCAGUUCGCAUGGAUAUGCAGAGGAGAGAUACUUUUGGGUUACCACCAAGACAAGGAGUAGCCAUACCGUCUGGUGUAGAGAAUAAUGCCCCGACACAUCCACCCUCUAAACCACAAACUCAUUCUGGCUCAGACAGGUCUUAUGUGAGCACGACAUUUGCAUCAUAUUUUGAUAGAACCCUGUCACCGUUAGAGGAAGAAAUUAUAGUUCACACCCCUUUAGGAGAGAAGUUAGUUAGAAACACUUGUUAUAGAGACUGUGGAGUAAUGGUUGGUGAGGAAGAAUUUAGGGGCGACUUGAUUCCUUUAGAGAUCCAAGAUUUCAAUUUGAUAUUGGGUAUGGACUGGUUAACUGCACAUCUAGCUAACGUGGAUUGUUUCAAGAAAGAAGUUGUUAUUCGAAAUUCGGAGGGAGUAGAGAUUGUUUUUGCAAGGGAACGUUGA